AUGGCCGACUCGGACGAGUCCAAAGCCCGUGUAUACAAGAGCGUCUACUCGCGGUCGUUCCUGGCGGGCGUGUACGACCACUAUGUGCUGGGCUUCAACAUGCGAUACAUGUGGGGCUGCGCAACCGACUCGGUACUGGUGCCCUUCUUUAGCGACAACUUCUCGCAACGUCACAUGGACAUUGGCGUCGCCACGGGAUACUUCCCUGCGACCAUUCUCAAGCGCCCUAUCCGCAACCAGGAAAAGCACGAGGUCACGCUUCUGGACUUCAAUGAGACGUCGCUCAACGCGGCCAAGGCCCGGGUGCUGUCCGUGGCGCCAAACACGUCGGUCGACUGCGUGCAAGCAGACGUGACGGCGCCGCUGCCCGUGUCGCUGGAGCAGAGCCGCGGGACGUAUGAGAGCAUCACCAUGUUCAACCUCUUCCACUGCGUGCCCGGGGGGUUGAGGAAGCUGGAUGCGAUCCCGACGUAUGCGCGGCUGUUGACGGAGGACGGCAGCCUGACGGGAUGCACCAUUUUGGGGCGCAAGCACACGACCGGGUGGUUCAGCCACCUGUACCUCAAGUUCUACAACUGGGUGGACUUCUUCAACAACUGGGACGACGAGCGGGAGGUGUUUGAGCGGGUGCUCCACCAGGAGUUCGCGUGCGUGGAGACGGAGGUCGUCGGCAUGAUGCUGCUGUUCAAGGCCUCCAAGCCGCGAGGAUCCGAGGGUACGGUUUAG